UUCACUUGUCACAGGAUGGCACCUUGUGAGGGACACAAGGUGAGGCAGGAGGCGGAGACAACAAAAUGGCGGCCCGCCCCCUUCUCCUCCCCUCACGCUCGCCCUUCUCCUCCUCCCUCUUUCAAAAUGGAGGCCAGGGAUGUGGGCAGCCUUCCCCUCGCCCCGGGCCUGAGGGCCAAGCUGGUCGCCGCCGGCUUCCAAACGGCUGGCGACCUGACAGAAACGGGCCCCUGCCAGCUUAGCAAAGAAGCAGGAAUCUCUAAAGAGGAGGCGUUAGAAAUUCUGCAAGUGGUCAAACGGGAGCAACCCAACGAGGGAGGAAAGUCUUCGGGGGAAGCCACGUCUUUUAGGAAAUAUACAGCACUUGAACUUUUGGAAGAAGAACAAGCCCAGGGUUUCAUCGUAACGUUCUGCUCUGCCCUGGAUGGAGUCCUGGGUGGCGGCAUUCAACUUGGCAAAAUCACGGAGAUCUGCGGAGCUCCAGGCGUUGGCAAAACACAGCUAUGCAUGCAAUUGACGGUGGAUAUACAAAUCCCGGAGAGCUUUGGAGGGCUCGCCGGAGAAGCCGUUUUCAUAGAUACGGAAGGGAGCUUUAUGGUCGACCGAGUAGCCGAUAUGGCAGUAGCCUGUGUCCAGCAUUGCCGGCUUAUUGCAGAAACACAUCCAGAUGAAGACCAUCCGCCAGCUUUGGAGACUUUCUCCCUUGACAAUAUUCUCUCUCAUAUCUACUAUUUCCGUUGCCACGACUAUGUGGAGCUGUUGGCACAGGUCUAUCUGUUGCCUGACUUCCUCUCUGAACACCCAAAGGUCCGGCUGGUAGUGAUUGAUGGCAUUGCCUUCCCUUUCCGACACGACUGGGAAGAUCUCUCCCUGCGAACACGGCUGUUGAAUGGCUUGGCUCAGCAGCUGAUCAGUAUCGCCAAUGAUCACACAUUAGCUGUAGUGCUGACCAAUCAAAUGACAACAAGAUUUGGACAAAGCCAUUCCUCAUUAGUGCCUGCCUUAGGCUGGCAACGUUAUACAAGUCACCGAGUCAGAAGGAAUCGACGGUGCCGUUUUCUGUUACCUCUCACGGAUUCAGAGAUGCUGAGCAGCCACAUCCAACUCCAGCCCUGGCAGAAAAUGAAGCAAACCCUCGCAAAAGGCCACGGGUCGAACAAGGAGGAGGAGGAGAGCCAUUAUAAACAAACAUUUUGACACUGCUUCCCGUUGAAAAGGUUUGCACUGUGGAUGGACUGCAAGGUGCUCAAGAGAUGUAUUUAACUAGGAUAAGAAGUACAUUUAAAGUUAAUCCAAAUUUUAUCUUCCUCAUUAUUGUGUUAUUUUUUCCUCCUUCCCCGCGUGUAAUUUUUCUUGUUCAAAUAAAUGACUACAUUUUCUAUA